AUGAAAAAGGUGGAGGAGCAAAGGACGACAAAUCAUCAGAUGAAGAAGAGUUUUUGGGAUUUUCUCCAUCAACAGAUAAAGGCUCUCCCCAUCUACUCUCCUCUGGUGGUAUUAACCCGUCCGCUGCGAUUGGCAUGGAUUUGGCUUUCACUGGUAGCCUGGUUGGCAAUAAAUCGGAGACAGUCGUGAGCAAAGCGGACAUCCUGCAGGCCAGUGCCAUGGCUCGCCAGCUUCACGUCUACAAACCCGGCAUUGAUUUUGUUCCCGGAGCGAGACUUGAGGUGCUUGAGUCCAGAGAUAACAAUUGGUACCUGUGCAAGAUUGUGGAGGUGGACUGGGGUGAAUUAGAUAUCCUGGUUCACUAUGAGCGCUGGUCCAACAGGUUUGACGAGUGGCUGAAAAUGGAUUCCACGAGAAUCAGAAGCCUCUCUCGUAGUUCUCAAAGGAGGGAGAGGAGGAGCGGUGCGUUCUGUGUGGGUGAGCGAGUACUCGCACGUUGGUCUGCUGACGGCAAGCGCUACCUGGCCAGAGUUACCAAGGAACUGGCUGAUGAUCAGUAUGAAGUUCUGUUCUUUGAUGGUGUUGCAAAAGUCCUUCGUUCAGCUGCGUUAGCUAAAGUGGACACAAAGCAGAGUGAAGGAGAGGAGCAGAGAGGCAGCAGUUCCAGACAGCCGGGAACAGAUGACGAGGAUAGUUUACUGAUGUCCCCGGGAGCCACCAGUGCCAGCUCGACAGACUCCCGCUCCUCCAGCCCCGAGCCAGAACAGUCCCCCUUAUUGCCUGGCCGAGCUGAAGAACUCAUGGAGGUUGAGACUAUAUCACCCGUGAGGAAGAACAUUUUUGACGUUGAAAUCAUAGAAAGAAAAAGGAACUCUAAGAGGAAGGCUGCUGUCGAAGAACUUUUCCAGUCGCUGAAGAAAAGACGCAAGAGUGAGACAGGGACGAGGGUCUCGGUGCCAUCACCACGACAGCAGCAGCAAGUCAGGUUAGGCCUGAGCAGGAAGUCUUCACUUUCUAAGAAGAAAGUUCGUGAGUCAUCCAGCACACCUCAGGAGGAGCAAGCAGCACGCCAGGCAGAGGCAACAUCUUCCGAGGCCUCUAAUAGCCCAGUUCCAAGUCAAUCUCCCAGAACUGUGUCUGUCAACAUGCCUGACGGGUGGAGGAAGUGCUGCAGUCAGCGCACGCACGGAUCCACGGCUGGAAAAUGGGACACCUUUUAUUUGGCGCCUGAUGGUAAGAAGAUUCGGAGCAAAAAUGAACUGUAUCGUUAUUGUGAAGAAUUCGGCAUCUUGUGCGACACUGAAAAAUUCGACUUCUCCCUCAAGAACAUGAAAGCAGAAGUCAUUGAAGCAAGUGCAGAAUCAAAAGGACCUCUGAAAUCCUUCGAGGAGCAGAAGGAGACUUUGAAGGAAUCAUUCACGUCACAGGUCAGAAAGGAGCUAGAGGUCAAAUCUCCACUUCAGGAAUCAUGUGGAAUCAGCAAAAUGGGAACAGGGAAGAAAAUUGAUGUUAAGAAGCCAGGCAUCAGACGCGUUGAAAUGGUAAAGCACAGUGAAUCACCGAGAAUGAAACUUGAGAUUCCUUUGAUCCCCAAGACAGAACACGUAGGUACGUUCCCACCCUCCCUGUUGGGUGCCUCAGCAGGCCCUUGGUCCCCCACCAUGCCCUCACCACUACCUCGAUCAUUGCCUGCCACAACAUCUGCUUAUUCAGAGGAAUUGAUGAGCAAGGAUCCUGUUGGCGCAAGUGGAUAUGUACCUUCUGAGGUGGCAACAAGUGAGGCCCCCCCGUCCUUCUCUGCCACGCCCACCCUUGCUCGCCAUGUGCUCAAGAAAGAGUCAGUCCAGGAAUUGAUGAGCAGGGAUUCUGUUGGUGUAAGUGGGUAUGCAGUUUCUGAGGCAGCCACUGAGCUCCCCCAGUGCUCCACUGCCACGCCCGCCCGCACUCGCCAUGUGCCCAAGAAAGAAACAGUUCAGGAACUGAUGAGUAAGGAUCCUGUUGAUGUAAGUGGGUAUGCACCCUCUGAGGCAGGAACUGAGCUCCCUCCGUGCUCCUCUGCCACGCCCACACACACUCGCUGCAUGUCCAAGAAAGAGACAUUUCAGGAACUGUUGACUAAGGAUCCUGUGGGCAUGAGUGGCUAUGCACCAUCUGAACCAACACCUGAGGCCCUGUCACGCCCCGUUGCCACACCCAUCCGCCAGCGACAUGUGCUCAAGAAGGAACCAGUUCGUGACAAAGGCCAAGGACAUGUUGCCCCUAAUGAGUUUAUUGUGGUCGCCCAACACAAUGAACAUAAGUGUCCCAAGGAAGCCUGUGGAAAAAGUUUUAGGAAGGAAAAUCUUCUUCAGAUGCACAUCAAACAUUACCAUCCAGAGUUUCUCAAGAAAAGCAGCAACUGGGCGCCAAAUGUGGCUGACCUUGCCUAUGCACGCACUGUUGGGGACCACCUGGACACCAGCUCCUCCCCUGGCCACUCCUCCCCGGCUGAGAAAGCGGUCAAGUCUGAAGUGAGCUCCAAGAAACAGUCAAGAGGAAUUGGUCUUUUCAGCUUUCUGGAUGCACGUGCCAAGGCAGGGGACAAGAAGGCUCUAGGUACAAUAAAAUCAGUAACAGGCGCAAAAGACUCCAAGAGAAAGGACAAGGCCAGGCACGAGGCAGACCAGGUGCCACCUAUCUCUGAGGAUGAAACGGAGCCCAAAGAGGAAGUUGAGGACUAUAUUGAUGACCUUGGGGAAUCUCCUAUGUCGCUUCAUGGCCUGCAGCCCGAGGACCCGGACUACGUACCUUGUGACACUGAUAUCGAACAGAUGAGGACUGACAGGCUGGAGAGGAGGAAAACUCGAGGAGACAUCAAGGGAAAGAAAAAGAAGUUAGUUCCCUCAGAAAGCCUUAGUGAGGAUGAUCUGCAAGACACUAAGACAGUCACCAAAUACAGAUACAGCAAACGCAAAGGAUUACCCUCCUCUAAAGCUAGUGUUUCUCCAGCUAAUGGAGAACCUCAGGCGCCUGAGCCUCCUGCAUUGACUUCACCAGCUAAGAAACCCCAAGGUGCUGAAGGUGAGGCCCCAAGUAUUGACGCUGAGGAGGACACGGGAGAUGCUUGGGUGGAGGGGACAGAGAGCGUGCCGACAUCUGAGCCUUCGGCAGAGAUUAUCAAUUGUGGCUGUGGCUCCACUGAGGAAGAAGGACUCAUGCUGCAGUGUGAUGUGUGUUUGUGUUGGCAACACGGAGACUGCUACAAUAUUGUGGGAGAGGACCAGGUGCCUGACAAGUACAUCUGUUCCCUCUGUGACCAUCCAAGGCUAGAGAGGUCAUCACACAAGUUCAGACACCACCAAGACUGGCUUAAGGAAGGCCGCCUACCAAGGUUUUCAUUUUCUUCAUCACGUGGAGACCUCCGGCUGGAGACCUGCAUAAGGCGGGGACAUGAACUGACAGCCAAUGUUCUACAGCUGUCACAGAUUCUUCAGUCUCUUAGGCUGAAGCUUCACAUCGCCAAAGAGCCGGAUCAUCCAAAGUUUGUCAUGUGGCACAAAAAAUGGGAUGAACAGGAAGAAGCAUCAAGUCAAAACAAAGGAGAAAUUUCCCCAAACUCACAGUCAGUAGCUCCUCUGCAGGACCUGAUGAAUAUAGUGGAACAAGAUGACCCUUGUCUUAGUCCUCAAAUUGUUGACACAAACGUGUCUGGCUCGACACAUGACUUAGGCAGCACCUCUGCACUUGAGAGAGCUGUUACUGGAGAGCCAGAAAAGUUUGACACUAGCCAUGCCAUCUUUCCUAGAGGUUGGGACAUUCCUGGCCCAGCAGCAACAGAGACUCAGGGGACUGAUCUUCAAGCUGGUGGUAAAACAGAGGAUGUGGUGAUCCCAAAGGACCAGUCUAACAAGGCAGCAAUGGAUGUCAUAAAACAUUCAGAAGGUAAUACUGCCUUGCCAGAGGCAUCUGAUACCAAAUGUGAAGCAUCUGAGGAUCAGUCCAAAGGAGAAAGUGAACUAAAAGACAGUUGUUCUGAUGGGAUAAUCAACACUGCACCUCAAGAUCAUGAACCAGAAAUUUCUUUGACAUCUGAGAAAGACUCACAAAUUCUUGAAGCAAAACCUUCAGCAGAUUCAAAAGAAAACAUUUUACAAGUUAAGGAGGAAAGCAAAGACUCCAUUGAGAUUGCAGCAACCAGAGAAAGCCUUGAGAAUUCCACUCAGAUCGCACUUAAAGAAGAAAAAACAAAUGAUAGCGAUGACGCUUUGAAUACGGAUACUGAGAACACUAAUUCAAUAAAGAGAGAUGAAACUGCACCAGGGAGUGCUUAUGAAAAUGAAGAAAAUUUACAAUCUUCAGAUGGAGGUCAAUCCAAGGAAGCAUCUUUUCAUCAUUCUCCAAAGUCUAUAUUGACACCUAGAGAAUCAGAUAGUGAUCAGGAUCACCAUAAAGAAUUCCCAUGUGAAAAAACUGACAUAGAUCCUGAGGAAGUGAAAGAAAGCAAAACUGAAUUGCCAACAGAGAGUGAAGCUGAACCUGUUAAAGAAGAAAUGGCAGGUGUAUUUGAAGAAAAGACAAAAAAAGAAUCAACUCAGGAGGAUGUAAAAAGUGAGAGUCAGGGAAAACAACUCGAGGAAUCUUGUAAGGAGGAUGAAACUACUCCGAUGAAAGAUGACUGCAAAAUUGAACCUAUGGAUGUGGAUAUGGGAGUUACUACAGAGGACAGCACUGCAGUAACAUAUGACACCAAUAUUUCACAAGAACCCCCAAAGGUAGAGGAAGAGUCGGAUAUUGUUAAAAUGGAAAAUGAAGAAUUAGAUGACAAAGACUCAGUGAAACAUUCUCAGACUAAGGACAAGGAACAGGAACAGGAGAAGCUGGCAGACUCUUCAAACUUAGCCUCUUCAAGCAUAACAGCCUCAAGCACAGAAGACACGCUCAAUGAGGAGGAGAACCAGCUGGAAGAUGGAGACGAGCUGGCCCUUGAUCUGGGUGGACUUGGCGCCACAGGUGAAGGGGGGAUGCCUGGAGGGAAUGAGUUGGCUGCCUUACUCUCUUCUCAGACAGAACUGGAGCAGCUGGUGUCCCAAGCCAGUUCAGCCCUGGCUCCUGUCACUGGAAAUGUUCACUCAGUUCAAGCACCCAUCAUUCCUGAGGCUGAGAGGAUAGAACCAGUGAAUUGCAAACUGAAUCUACUGGAGCAUGUGCAGGUGAUGCAGACCAGCAUCACGCAACGCUUUGACCAGAUUGAGCAACAGCUUGAAGUGCUGGAGGCUGAGAUGGGCCUGACAGCAGAUGCCGGGGAGGAUGAGGCUGAGGAGGACCCUGAGGAGCGUGACCCCGCCACCCUCCAAGCCAGGGCACUCAUCAAGCUUGUCAUGAACGACCUCAAUGUUGUUAAGAAAAUUGCAGACUUUACUCACUAACAGAUUAUUUUCCAAAAGCUGAUCAUUCAGAAAAUAACAGGCAUGAAACUUUUCUAAACUACAAACACUACCAACAACAAAACUACAAACUAUUUUGUGUGCUAGGGAACUCCUGGCAGUGUCAAGAUCAUCUGUACUUGAUUUCUUUCAAGGUGAAAAUGCACUUGCCCAUACAGGUGCCUCUUUCCUCAGUAAGUUUGUUGCAAGAUGAUUGGUUGAAUAUGUGAUGUCUGAAUAACAAAAUAGCAUUUAAAUUAUUUACCAGGUAAUGUGAAUCAGUGCUUAUUUACUAACUCAAGUUCUUUCCUUUGAUAUAUGUUGUGUUAAUUAAGAAUGUAACGAGCUCAGAGAUUAUGAAGUAAUGUGCAGGUAAGUCUUGGCAUGCUAAUAUCAACUGCCCAUGUCAGUAACAUAAGCAUGUUUUUGGAUCCAUGCUGCUUCAUAUAUAUUUUUCACUUACUUUAAAACAGAUUGAGACUAAUAACACUAAACUCAAGGAAACAUGUAAUUAUCAACUUUUUUUGAAAUUCAGAAUCUACUAAAAUUAUUCAUAUAAGAAUGUGAGUGAUGGGGAAAUUAUGUGGAUGGAUUGCAUGCUCUGUCGCAAAAAGGCUAUUCUGUAAACCUAUUCAGUAGAUCACAGUAUAUCAGAUAAAACUAUACAAUAGUAAUAUUUUUUCCCAUCUGUAUUUAUGACACUAAUGAAUAUGAUGAUAGUCAUGGAUACUGUUUUCCAACCUGCAUUAGAAUACAUGAAAAGUUACACACGUGUGUCCAAAACUAGGGCUGUGUGGCUGACACAGCCGGGUGACUAAUGUUAACAAAUCAAGACUUAUCUGCACAUUACUUCAUAGUCUCAUAACUUGUUACCAUUCUUAAUUGACGUGAUAUAUGUCAGAGGGAGAAACUUGAGUUAGUAAACAAGUUUUGAUUCACAUUACCUGGCAAUCAUUUCAAGUACAAGAUGUUAUUCGGACAUUUUAUAUGCAACCAAUUGGGUAGCAGCAGACUUUCAAAAAAAGAAGGGCACCUCUGUGUCUAUGCACAAUUUUCCUCGAUAAAAAAUCUAGUACUGUAAGUAAAUACUUAGCAUAAAGACUUGGAGUAAUAAUAUAUACUUGGUGUGACCACUGAAACAGUGAUUGGGUGAAACUGGAUGAAACCAUGAAAACUGCAGUGCUUUGGCUAUCAAGGCUAUGACAUGUGUUGUGAAUCAGGACAUUGUAAUCACUACUUUGUGAGCUUGAUCCCUGAGUGAAAGAGAAAAGAAAACAAAUGAAUAAGGUGUUGGUAGUGAUUGAUUGUUUCACAAACUGGUUCUGAAAGUGUUAAAGUGAUAACUUUUUUACUUAUAAAGAAACCUUGUUACUGCAACACCAAUACCUGAAGUGCUUAUGUGAAGAAAGAGCUUAUUAUGAAAGCACUGCUGACUUAGUUCUCCGACUCCUAUAAGUGUUGUUUAGGAAAGGAAACUUGAUCAGUGUUGUGGAAGUUAUGGUGAAAUAAAGAUGACUUAUUUCCAUGACUGUUCCUGAGAGUUAUCUUGGGAAAAAACAAGAACAUUGUGUGACAUUUUUGCAGUUAAACUUUUUUUCUUGAGGUGUUGCCUUGGGAAUAAAAGAAACUUUUGAACAAUGUGGUAGAAACAUCAAAAUGAUUUUUUAAGAUGUCUUGGCAAAAAAACUAUCAGUGCUGCAGAAAUAAUGAAGAAAUACUUCUGUAACUAUUCCUGCAUGAUAUUUAAGAAAAAAACUAACCACUGCAUUACAGAAACACAGAGCAAAUGACUUACUGCAACACUCCUUCUCAAGGUGUUUUCUGGUGGAAGUGCUGAUCAGUGAUCAAUGCAGAAACACUGAUGACAUCAGUGACUCUUGAGGUUUUGUCUGAAAAAAAAAAAAAAAAAUGUGUGCAGGAACUGAUGACUUACUUUCAUGACUAUGAGUUGGCCUGAUAGCAGUCUUUAUAAAUGUACUGGAGAAACAAUGAUGACUUACUUCACAGUGGCAUAGCUAAAGAGAGAUAAAGGACUUUUUGAAAAUCCCCCCUGGGUCUCCAGUUGAUCUCAGGAUGUCUCUCUUCAUUAAAAAAAAAAAGUAAGGUCUGGGAGGGCCCCUCAGAAUGCACUGAUGCUGGAGGGGCAAAAGGAGCCAAGCUGCUAAGGCUCCAAGACCCUAGCAAGCAUUGCCCUUGUUACUCCAUCAACUGCUCCUGAGGCUUUAUCAUUGUGAGAGACCAUCAUCAGUCUGUCCCUGAAAA